AUGUUGUGUGACAUAACAGAGCAUCUCGCCCAACUGAAUCUGAGGCUGCAGGGCCGCAAACAAGUCAUAACCUCAAUGUAUGAGGCAAUAACAGCUUUCCAGGAGAAACUGCGCCUAUGGAAGUCACAGCUUGAAAAAGACAGUCUUGCCCACUUUCCUAUCUGCCAGAGCAUCUCAACCUCAUUCCCAGGUACUUUUUCAUGUGCUCGAUUGGGUACCAAAGUGAAUCGGCUGAUUGAUGAAUUCAAUCGACGCUUUUCUGACUUUAAAGAACAAAACUUAACCUUUACCAGCUUUGCCAAUCCCUUCAACAUCGAUGUUGACAGUGCACCACAUCACCUUCAAAUGGAAUUAAUAGAACUUCAGUGCAACAGCAGCCUGAAAGCGAAGUUCCAGGAUGCGACAGUCGACGACUUUUACCGUCUCCUCCCCCCUGCUUUGAUGCCACAGCUCCGACUUCAAGCUGCACGUGUUCUGUCCAUGUUUGGGAGCACCUAUCUAUGUGAACAGAUGUUUUCAGUCAUGAAUCUGAACAAGACCAAGCUCAGAUCACGCAUCACUGAUGAUAACCUCCAUGCUGUUUUGCGGAUUGCUACAGCACAAGACCUAACGCCAGACAUCGAUGGACUGACCUCAGGAAAACGAUGUCAGCCAUCUAUUCAGAAAAGUUUAAAAAAAGUUAAUGCCUUGUGUUUGCCAUAUGUGUAA